ACUCUGGCUGCAGCCGCGGGAGGUCCGGACACUGGCGGCCAUGGGACUCGCCGGUACUAGACGACACAUAUCUUAACUGGGUUGCUCUAAGGACUAAUGCCUAAACAACCUCAGCAUGGCCUAUAGAGGAAGAGGUGGGCAUGGCCAGUCUCCCUCAGCUGUGCUCUCCCACGGUAGCCCUGGAAAUCUGUCAACACGUAGGACCCGUACCCAUAAUAUAUGCAUGGUGUCGGACUUUUUCUAUCCUAAUAUGGGAGGCGUGGAAAGCCACAUUUACCAGCUCUCUCAGUGCCUGAUUGAAAGAGGGCACAAAGUCAUAAUUGUCACCCACGCUUAUGGAAAUCGAAAAGGCAUCCGUUACCUCACUAAUGGCCUCAAAGUCUAUUAUUUGCCUCUGAAAGUCAUGUACAACCAAUCUACAGCCACGACCCUCUUUCACAGUCUGCCAUUGCUCAGGUACAUAUUUGUUCGGGAGAGAGUCACGAUAAUACAUUCACAUAGUUCUUUUUCUGCCAUGGCCCAUGAUGCCCUCUUCCACGCCAAGACCAUGGGGCUCCAGACAGUCUUCACGGACCACUCCCUUUUCGGAUUUGCUGAUGUCAGCUCGGUGCUUACAAACAAGCUUCUAACCGUGUCUCUUUGUGACACAAACCACAUAAUUUGUGUCUCUUAUACUAGUAAGGAAAACACUGUGCUAAGAGCCGCACUGAAUCCUGAAAUAGUGUCCGUCAUUCCCAAUGCUGUAGACCCUACUGACUUCACUCCAGACCCAUUUAGAAGGCAUGAUAGUGUAAUAACUAUUGUUGUUGUCAGCAGACUUGUUUACAGAAAAGGGACCGAUUUGCUUAGUGGUAUAAUACCCGAACUCUGUCAGAAAUACCCAGACUUAAAUUUCAUAAUUGGAGGAGAGGGACCUAAGAGAAUCAUUUUGGAAGAAGUACGGGAAAGGUACCAGCUACAUGACAGAGUGCGUCUCUUGGGAGCCUUAGAACACAAGGAUGUUAGAAAUGUCUUAGUUCAAGGACAUAUUUUUCUUAAUACUUCCCUUACCGAAGCGUUCUGCAUGGCAAUUGUGGAAGCAGCCAGUUGUGGUUUACAGGUGGUCAGUACCAGGGUUGGCGGGAUUCCUGAAGUACUUCCAGAAAAUCUGAUCAUUUUAUGUGAGCCUUCUGUAAAGUCCUUGUGCGAGGGUUUGGAAAAAGCGAUUUCCCAACUGAAGUCAGGAGCGUUGCCGGCUCCCGAAAAUAUUCACAGCAUCGUGAAGACUUUCUACACCUGGAGGAAUGUUGCGGAAAGAACUGAAAAAGUGUACGACCGCGUGGCAGGAGAAGCCGUGUUACCGAUGGACAGGCGCCUGGACAGACUCCUCUCUCACUGCGGCCCAGUGACGGGCUACAUCUUCGCUUUGUUGGCUGUAUUCAACUUUCUCUUCCUCGUUUUCCUGCGAUGGAUGACUCCAGAUUCCAUCAUCGAUGUCGCGAUAGACGCCACAGGGCCAGACGGGGCCUGGACUCGUCACUAUCCUCACAGUAAAAAAGAGGGCGAGAAUAAGGAGAUGUCUAAAACCAGGUAGAAGAAAGCCUGGAUCCUAAGAUUUUACACCUUUGUGAUAGUUCUCUUAAGACUAUUGAGAAUAACCUGGCUUUUCUUCUUCUUUUUUUUAAAGUUAAUUUAGUAAGUUAUGCUACCUCUAUAUCAUUCAAUGUUUUAUUUUGUGGCAAGAUAAAAACUUAUGCAACUCCUGAGUGUAGAAACUCCUUGCACUUAUUUAACCUUUAGGAGAGAACAUUUAAACCACUCAGGUAUGACGUUUUUCAGACUACUGAAAUCCCUUUAACAGAGACGUUUUAACAUUAUACUUUGGGAGCUUUGGGUGCUGAAGGGCCAAAUGUUUUCUGGGCAUUUUUUGGCCAAUUUUAAAUGUUCUACCAUUAGUUAGACAUUCACCAGAUGUUUACAAGUUUUCUUUAGGGAAGUACAACAACGAUAUGAACUACUUUGAGUCUUUUCCACACACGUCGUAGCCAUCUAAGUCCUGUUCGCAGCCGUUGAUUUGGUUCGCUCAGUAAGUGUUCCCUGUCGUCAGCAGGUUUCUUGAGGAAGAUGGUCCAUCAGUUAGUGGCAUGCUUUAAGCACCCACUCUGUGCAGAGCACUGGACUGGACACUUCCUGCUGUUAAGGACCAGGGCCACGGUCGCUCUUUGGUGACCACUCUGAUGGCUCACCUCUUGGUCGUCACAGUUGACAAGAUGGUAAAAUCCUGAACAUGCCAAAAAUGCUCCUGCUUUUUAAUGCCGGGAGAAGAUCGUGGGCCUACUCAGAUUACCCCGUUGCUCUGGUCACGUGCGUUCUCCUAGGUAGAGCCUUCGUCUUAAUUUGUGUUGAUGAAAAUACUUUUUGCUUUUGAAAUACUAGGGACCGAUAUCACUGUUGAUGAUAGUGCAGAGAAACCCUCCCUGUCCUUCCGUACGUAAUCUAGUCCUCUGUAAAUGCCUUCACGUCUUCCGAGCAGAAUGUACGAGGUGUGCCGUCUCCAAAUCAGCUGCUACCCUGUACCUCUGAUAGAAGUCACUCCCCUUCACUUGUGGCCUCGCUGAUGUCUGAGGAGUAUUGUCAGUACGCAACAGUCUUUACCCCAGAAUGUGUUACUUAGAGCAGAUGGAGUCUGAAAAUUUUAGGAACACGGUCUCUUUGUGGAUGUGUGUUGUUAACUGUAAUCGUUGUUGCCCAGAGCCAUGGGUUUUUAAACCCCAAAUUAUCCACAUGGUGUGUCUUACGAACUCCUUGAACUCUUUAGAAUAAGUUUUUGUGAUAAAGGACUGUGAAGUCAAAAGAACGAGGCUCUCGACGGUGCACGACCUAGAUCCUGGCGGUAUUGUGAUCCUUCACGACGCUUGUUUUCUUUAAUGACGACACUCACAAAACUUCUUUUUUAAAAAGUAUCUUAACACGCCUCUUAACCGGUUGCCACUGAUACGUGAGAACUAGAUAUGUGUUCUGUGCUGAAACACAAAGUUGAGAGUGCAGUUUUUAAAACCUGGAAGUUGAGGGUUCUUUUGUUCGAGAAAAACGGACUGACCCAGACCAUUAAAUCUCAGUGGGAUUUUUAGGCAUAGAAACGGAUCUAUAUACAUAUGAAACCGUGCCAGUAUUCACGGCAGAGCACGCAAGUGUCACCUUUGUUCCUCUGUAUUCUGUUCAGCAAUUUUGAAGGGCAUACUGCCGUUUGUUCUUAGAUUUUUGUUUCUUAGCAUAUUUUCAAGAUUGCCAUUUAUUUCGGAUGGAAAUGGGAUUUAAACUUCUUGCAUGUAAAGUAAAGUAAUUUGCAAACCAAAAUUAUUUCCUUUGUUUUUGACAAAUGGAAGUAAAUUUGCUUGUUCUCGUAAAUCUUAAUUUUCAGGCUUCCUGGAUACCUUAAUUGUAACUGUCAGUGUUGCACUGGUCAAUAUGGGGAAACAUCUUGUUCUACCCUGCUACUUACAUUUAUUUGAAAGUGAACUUGCAGUGAUGAGGAAUUUAUGAAAAAUAUAUUGUAUUUCUUUUGAUAUUACAAAGACGAGCACAUAACACCGAUUUACGAAAACAUGCUACGUGUCCAAAAAUAAAGACCAAAAUGACAUUUUGACAA